CUAGGUGGCACCUUCUUAAGCAAGUAGCCUUGCCAACACCUUAACUGGCCCCAGGAAAUUAAUUUCCGACAUCUAACCUCCAGGACCAUAAAAAAUAAACCUGUGGCAAUUUGUCACAGAUGCAAUAGAAAACACAUGCUAUCCACUUGCCUGGAGCUGUUUUCUCAGCUUCAGCAUGCACUAUUUGUCAUACUGCUUCAAAAAAUAAUAAUAAAAACCACUAUCUCACUAAGUCUGCAGAAUUCUAAAACCAUAGGCUUCCUCAGCAAUUCUACCAGCCCCCAAGAUGUGUGCCAGGUGAAGGGGAGGGCAAGGGUCAGCUCUUCCUGUGGAUGAGAAAGCAGAGGAAAGCCACUGUGGUGGGCAUUGCUAAUUUUAACCAUGGCCUUCACACAUGAGCACUCAUGGUAUCUCAGGGCCAAGGCAAGGGCCUCCUUGAUCAAUUCAAGGUCAGAGUGAAAGCCAAGUGGUGUAGGUGGUGUGGUUUGGGCUGAAAGUCCACAUGGAAGAGUAGUGUUCUUUGUAAUUGCAUCCUCAAGUGAAACAGAAAAUAUCCACAAUUCACCAGCCAUCUUAGUAGCGAGCCUGUCUUAAGCUGUGUUUUCUGCACAGAUGGAGGGAGAGGAGAUGGGAGGGUAACAAUAAGAGAAUUUGGCUAGAAAGGAGGUAGCAGGAGAGAGAGAACGGACCGAACAUAGGGUCAAGGAUUCAGACCACACAGGACAGAGACUGGAGGGAGUGUGGGAGGGUGUUUGGUUUGUUAGAUUUUUCUCAAGGAUAGCAGGGCCUGGGGAAGCUUGAGGGUAGAGAGCAUCAGAAACCAAACACAGAUGAGGAAUGAGAUAGCUGGACUGGGAAGGACUGCCAGCUGGAGUCAAUGCCUUCUGAAUGCACCACAGGACAGGGCUAGGAUCCAUGGGCUGCAAGAGAGCCUCCUCUGUAGGAUGAAGUCAGCACAGGCCUUUUGAAUGUGCCAUGGGACAGGGCUAGGAUCCAUGGGCUGGGAGACAGCCUUCUCUGCAGCAUGAAGUCAGUACAAAGCAGGGUGCAAGUUCCUCCCACUGCUCUAUGUGGUACCACAAGGGCCUGUGUAAAAGCCCCACGGCUCUGGACACAGGAACACCAGCCUACUCUUUCUCAGUUACCAAACUGUGGAUGUGUCUUUCACAAGGCUGCUGAGAGUAGAGCACGGGUUUGCCCUGCUCUGAAGUGGAGGCCAGAAAGGGAGAAACUUUGUUUUAUCCUAAGAAUUGCAGCUGGAGGGCAGCUACAAUAGAAGCUCUGAGAGACUCUCUCCAUCUCUGUCUGUCUCUGUCUCUGUCUCUGUCUCUCUCUCUCUCUCUGUCUCUCUCCUUUGCCAUCUCUAAGCCAUGGAUUUCCUCUGGUUGAGGUGGUUCCUCAUGUGGAUGAGGCUGGCCCACCAGGCUGGAGAGCAAGAGAGGCAACUCAAGGUUACACCUGGCACUUCUACCUAGACCCUAUGGCCACCCCUUACUGCAGGGAGGUGGGGAGGCACAGCUCCACUGGGAAGCCCUCUGUCAAAGGAAUCAUGGGAGAGUCUAGCUCUGAAAACCAGAAGAGUAAAUGUCAUCGGACAAGUAGCCACAUCUGUGGUGGUCUUAAGACCUAAGCAUGAGUAGCUAUGAACUGUAGCUCCACACCUAGGCAUGUGACUAUACCUAACUGAGCUCUGUUCUGUAUCAUGAGAACAAGGCCCAUGGGGCUUGCCAUGCGUGAGGGCCCAGUGAAGAGCAAGCUACAGCUGUGGGAAUACAGGAUGGGAACAUAGUGGGCAUGCUCCACCUGCCAUUCUGCUUCCUCACCCCUCUUGUGCCCUAGGGAAGCCACAGUACCUACAUAUUGGGGAGGAGAUUGAUGGUGUUGACAUGCGGGCUGAGGUUGGGCUCCUGACUCGGAACAUCGUGGUGAUGGGAGAGAUGGAGGACCAAUGCUACCCCUACACCAGCCACAUCUGUGACUUCUUUGACUUUGAUACCUUUGGGGGUCACAUCAAGUUUGCUCUGGGGUUUAAAGCAGCCCACUUGGAGGGCGUGGAGCUAAAGUACAUGGGGCAGCAGCUGGUGGGCCAGUACCCAAUUCACUUUCACCUUGCUGGAGACUUGGAUGAAAAGGGAGGCUAUGACCCUCCUACGUACAUCAGGGACCUCUCCAUCCACCAUACAUUCUCUCGCUGCGUCACUGUGCAUGGCUCCAAUGGCCUGUUGGUAAGUGCCUGCUGGAAGGGUAUCCUAUCUAGAGACUUAGGCUGUGUGGGGGAGAUCUUGUGCUGUGCUUUCUCACCUACUUUCGGUGUGAACUUGGCCAGAUGACUGAAUCAGUCAAAUCUUCCAGUUCCUCCUGUGAGCCCUGCAGAACAGUGUUACCUUUUAGUUUGCUUGGGUAGAAGAUGAGAGUGAAACAUUCCUAGUUGUGUUGUCCUAGCAGCCCAUCUUCAGAGCAUGGAGUCCAGGUAUUGCCACAGAACAGGCUGGCUUUAGGGAACUGAGCAGGCAUGUGGAACAUUCAACCAGGACAGUAUGGGGAGCCAGCCCCUCAGUGAGAAACAGGCUUCUGGAGCUGGCAAGGGCCAGCUCAGGAGUCUGGGUUAAUUCAGUUAGGUGGGGGAAUCAAGAGACUUGUGGUAGGAAAGGGAAGACAGUGAGU